AUGAAUCUUGAUAUUACAAAAGACUUUAAGACAAGUUUUAUAUAUUCACCUCCAUUUGGACUUCUUUCUCUUGUCAAGUAUUUAAUGCCAAAUUGUGAUGAUAUAAAUGCUUCAGAUUAUGAUGGAAUGUUGGCUAUUCAUUUGGCUGCUGCUUAUAAUUGUAAAGAAAUUACUGAACUUCUUUUAUUGAAUGGCGCAGAUAUUAAUGCAAAAGAUGGUUCUGGAAACACUGCUCUUCGUUUGGCUGCUGCAAAUUGUUGUAAUGAAGUAGUAAAACUUCUUAUAUUAUAUGGUGCUGAUAUUAACUCCAGGGAUCUCAAUGAUUAUAAUCCUCUUUGCGCAGCUGUAGGCAGAAAUAAUAUUGAAAUAGUGAAACUUCUUAUUUCACAUGGUGCAAAUGUUAAUGAAAAAUGCAAUGAUGGCAACGCUGCUAUUCACAUUUUAGCUGAUUUGUAUGACAAUAAAGAAUUGAUGGAACUUCUUAUAUCAAAUUCGGCAGAAAUUAAUUCAAAAGGCAAUCUUGGAUUCACUGCUCUUCAUUAUGCGUGUAUACAUGAUUCCAAUCAAUUAGCAGAUACUUUGCUAUCACAUGGUGCAAAUAUUCAAGAAAAACAAGGUACGGGGGUGGUACCUCUUCAUUUAGCUGCAGCUCGAAACAGCCUUAAAACUCUUAAAAUUUUACUUUCUAAAGGUGCCAAUAUAAAUGAAAAAGAUAAUAAUGAGUGUACUGCUCUUCAUUAUGCAGAUGUGGUCAACUUCAAAACAAAUAUAGAAAUCCUAAUUUCUAAUGGCGCCGAAAUUAAUGCAAAAAAUGCAGACGGACAAACUCCUCUUUAA